GAAUUCAACAAGCAGUCUAUGUUGGCAGGUUACUCAAAAUUUCUCUAUGAUUUUGAUGUUGUGUAAAUGAUAAAAAUAUAUUUUUCAAUUAUUUACAAUAACGUAGCUUUAAGUAUAGUAUAAGUUCAAGUGAAGAACCGGAACCAUGGCCCCGCAAAAAGGAAAAGCUCCCACCAAAGGAGCUAAACAAAUUCUGAUGGAGAACUCGGGGACUCUUAAUUUUUACCGCAAUAUGUCACUGGUAGCUAUUGCAGCUUAUGGAUUAGUCACUACUUGUCUUUAUUUAGAUGACCUUACUACAGGAGUUAUCGUCAUGAAUAUACUGGUAUUGUUGAUCUAUGGUGGUUGUUACCAAAUGAUGAAAUAUAUUAGCCGGCCAACAUACACUGACAACAGUCAGCUCCUGGAUCCAGGUCUUGAUUUGAACAUGGAAGGUGGGAUGGGCGAGCAUGUCAAAGAUAUAGUGAUACUCUCGUCAUUGACUCAUGUUCUCACCAUUUUGUCCAACUACUUUUGGUUCCUGUUGCUGCUCGUACCGCUGAGGGCAUUCUGGCUGCUUUGGAAGAAUGUUCUUGGACCAUGGUUCUUCCAAGAAGCUCCUCAGGACACUGAACAAGAUGAAAAGAAAAAGAAAAAGAUGGAGAGGAAAAUGAAAAGGUAUCAACAGUAGCACCGCCUAAAUGCUUCUGCACAUGACGCCACCAUCACGCUGAUACCUUGUUACUUGUUCACUAAGGGUUAAAAAUGUUUAAUACUUAA